CAAAUGGAGAUGGAUACAUGUUACUUAUCCUGCGAUCGCCGGCCACUUGAUGCACAAUUAGCAGUGCACAAGUGCCCGGCUUUCAGGCAUUGUUUUGACAAGUGCACAUAUUUAGCGUUUUCGUUUUGUGUUCAUGUUAUUGUUGCCCAUUCCGAUCUUCACGCACAAUUUGUCGUCACCAGGCGAUGACUUAAUUCAUUUAGCAGAGCCAGAGAACUUGUAAAUGCUAUAUGGCAGUGGAUAUAGUCGGGUAUUCUUCUGGAGAACCCGCUCAGUUGCUCGCCAAUCGCCGCAGAAAACGGAUGGCGAUGGCAUUGGCUUUGGCUAUGGCAGUCUCAUCACCAUCACCAUCAUCAUCAUCAGCAGCCAACUAUUUGAUGGCGUUCCUUGCCCAGGAUAGCAAUAGUAGUGGAAGUGCAGCCAGUGCCAGUGCAAGUGGAUGCAGUGGAGCGACCGCCGAUUCGGAGGACUCCCAGAUUGGUCAGGAUGCUCAAGUGGAUCAGGUGAUAGGUCAGGGGUCAAACAGGAGGCGACCACCGCGCCAGAAAAUCAACGCAAGGGAGCGCUACAGGACCUUCAAUGUGAACUCGGCCUACGAAGCUUUAAGGAAUCUAAUACCCACGGAGCCCAUGAAUCGCAAGCUGUCAAAGAUCGAGAUUAUCCGUCUGGCCAGCAGCUAUAUAACGCACCUGAGCAGCACCCUAGAAACGGGAACUGAAUGCCAGCCUUGUUUACUGCACAAGUACGAGAACGAAGCGCUUGUAAGGAGGAUCAGCAUCUGCACCUUCUGCCUUAAAACCAAAUAAGAUUAAUGAUUUACUGAAUGUGUUCUAAUAAUUUAAGUUUUUCUGGUCGUAUCAAUUGCAUUUAAAUUAAUUAUUGAAAAAAAACUUUUGAAAUCAGCGCCCAAGAGCAGCGCCAUCUAUGGACAAUUAUCUGGAACUCGAUCCCUUACACUGUUAACGCUUGCAAAC